AUCAAGCAGCAGAGGCUACCCGCGGGCACGGUCUUUGUCACUACCGGCCUCUCCUUAGCCCCUAAUUGCGGCGCAAAGCAGGUGACAAAGGGACGCUCGACUCCAGGCAGUGCAACUCCAUCUCCCGUGUGAUUCACACCCCGGCCCUAAGUGGCUCAGCGGAGGAGACACGACCCCCACCGAGCCGCCCCCGCUCCAUCCUUCAGGCAGAGGCUCCGGGAUCGCUUACGAGAGGGGUGUGAGCGGCCCGGGACAUAAAAGGACAGCGCGGAGCACAGCCGAGGCGUUGCUGCCUCCCUCUUGGACGUUGUUGGAGACUUCGUGUUGGCGAUGGAGAGCGAUGGGGUCGAGAUAUCUCCGGCGCCUUCACCCUUCUGGGCACUGGUAGCGCUUCUGCGGCAGGAGCCCGGUAUGGGGUGGCUGCUGCGGAGUCCCGGUGCGUGUGCUGGAUCGUGGCGUCCCGAUGGAGUGGAAGCUGACAGCGAGCAAGGAGCUGAUGAACUCAGCCAGAUUCCUGAGAGGCAUCCCUUGGGCCCGCAGCCCCUGAAGGCUCUGCUGUUGCUGGAGGACUCUGGAGAUAACCACUUAUGGCAGACCUACUACGAGGGCCUGAAGAAUUUCCUUGCCUUUAGAGAAGGCAUGGCUUUGCCUGCAGUCUGGCCGAUCCCAGUGGCUCAAGUGAGAGAGUUCUUGGCCCUCAUGGAGUCCCAGGAUCUGCCUCCCACGAAAAUAAUAACGUAUGUGGAAGGACUCUCCUUCAUCUCAGGAAUGGUAAAUCAUCCUGAUCCUCUUCAAGAUCCUGUUAUCUGUCACAUGAUUUCGAGGCUGAAAUGUAGGACUGCCCCCGCAAAUGAUGGAUAUGCUCCUGUGACCAUUGAAGUGUUAAGAUCUCUACUGGGGACUCUGGAAUCUGUGUGUAGCUCUCCCUACGAGUGUAUGUUGUUCCGUGCCAUGUUCACUGUAGCUUUUUUUGGUGCACUCCAUAUAGAAGAGAUGGUGGCAAAUGACCAAAAUAGAGCACAGCCAGAGCUCCUGUACUUGAGUGACCUCCACCUGGCUGAAGGGAGAGCAAACCUUUGUGUGUGCAGGGGCCAGGAGAGGCAUUUGAUCCAACUGGGAUUCUCUAGAGAGAUGUGGAUAUGUCCUGUUGAAGCUCUCUAUACCUACGUGGCAGCACGGCCAGCAGGAGAAGGCCCUCUCUUCGUGCACUUGGAUGGUAGGGCUGUGACAAGGAGGCACUUCCUGGCUGUCUUUCGCCGUGCUCUUGGGGUUGCAGGACUUCCUCCAAAGCGCUAUGGUGUGCAUUCCUUCUGGCUGGGGACUGUUGUAACAGCAGUUUCUCCUGAAGAUUAAUAGAAUAGCAAGGUGGUGGUGAAGAUCCUGAAGAAGACACACUUCUGUCUGUCUGUUUGGCUUCCAUAGCAAGGAGCAUCUUCUGCAAUGCAGAAAUGUUACACUUUAAGAGCACUAAAACUUUAUUCUCUAUAAAGUUAGAGAAGGGGAAUCAUUGAUGUAAGGUGACUUCCUACCUGGGGUAGGAGUGUCAUGGUUUCAAACUGUUGUGACAUGGGUCUGUGCAUGCUGUUUGGACUAUUUCUACUAAUCAUUUGUUCACCUUGUGUGAUCUUAACAUUAAACUGUUAUUAAACUGUUUGCUUUUAACAACUUCUCCAGCCUUUCUGUUAUGCCUUGGUCAAAGGUUGCUAAUUGCAGUGGGGACAAGACAACGUGAUGCAUAGGUGCAUCCUUUUUGCUGCUUAGUGUAAUGAGAAGUAAAGCUCAUGGCUGGUGAGUGGAAGCUGUGAGUGUGAGAGGAAAUUAACUGCUAACAAAAUGUGACACCAGCAGGGAAGUUGAUCCUGUUGCCCAAGGAGCACUUCCAUAGCAGCUGUAUCCUGCAUCAGCUCUUGCUGCUGCUAUCUGUCUCCUUGCCUGUAAAAACCUUUCCCUGAUGAUUCUUUGACUCUUUUGCUGAUCCCUCUUCAAAGGAUCAAUCAAACCCAGAUACUGAUCAAAACCAGCCUUUAAUUGAAAUGUGGCUGAUGCAUUUAAAAUGGCCCUGCUCAGUUCAAAAGAUCCUGUGUAGCAGGGAACAUAAGAUGUGGCUAACAGAAGUAACCCAGAUUUUAUAAUUGGGGCACUUGUUU